ACUGUCUUCUGCAGGAGUUUCGGAGGCAGGAGCCAUCAAUCACGCAGCUCUUACAGGGCACAUUUGGACAGGUGUUGAGAUCCGACCACACCCGGAAGAUUGCCAGGAAAGUCACUCUUACAUCAGGCACAAUGUCAUCUUAUGCUGUGAUGAACUGGAUGAUCAUCUCUUGGGUGAUGGUGCAGUCCGAGAGUGAAAGGUCUUUGGAGCCCAUGUAUGAAGGUCUGGCCACACGCUACACUGCUGCUGGAAUUGAAAAGGCCAAUUACCAUUGGGUGGACAGGGACUGCUGUGCAGCCUUCAGGGUCCAGAAUUCUCAUCCAGCUGAGCACCUUUUGAGGGAAGCCUGGAGGACUACAGAGGCUACUGUUGCAGAGGUGACAUCCGGGGACUUGACCAACAUCUGUGCUUCGAGGUCAAAGUUUAAUGAGUUCAUCUCUGUAAAGCUGGACUUGUUCCACUGUAUGAGACGAUUCUGCCGGGAGUGUGUCUCAGAGCAUCAUUCCUUAUACAGCUCUUUCUGUCAGUUCCUCUCGGCUGCCUUCACAAUUGUGGAUCAGCAGGAUCUGAAGAGACUGAAGGAGGCCUAUGUCUUCUGUGGGAUCGUGCCAGCAAAUCCAACAAAGCAGCAUAUCCGGGAGCACUGCAGGACAAAGAUCCCUCAGCCACAAGAGCUUGUGAAGAGAGUGGAAGAAGUUCUCCUUCACUUCCACCUGUUAAAAGAUGUAAAUGACAUCCCUCUCUUCAAACCGUCCAUGCUGAAAGCCUGGAGGAUCCAGCGAGUCCACAUGCUGAGGGGCUGUCUCAGUGACCCAGAACGGGAGGAUGGGAUUCUGUACAGAUACGGUGGCACGCUGCAACUCAACCAUGUCCAGGGUGAAGGGGCAUCUGUGCCCGUGUGGAUUCCAAUCAGAGGCACUUCACAGCAAGAGGGCUACCACUUCCACCAGGCUCAGUGGGUGACUGGGAACAAAGUCUCCCCAGAGUUAUUUCAGGCCCAGGGUAUGACUGGUGUGGCACGCUGGAAUUUCCAGAGAUUGGUGGAUCUCAAACAGCCGGGUGUGGUUUUGCCUGCAGUGUUUGACCCACUACUGAUCACAGACUUGAACAUGGCCUCUGUGAAUGUGACGGGGAGCGCCAAAUAUCCAGCACUACAAGUCUCCAACAGGGACACGGGAGAGAGGUUUGGACUCGAGUACGUUGAGCAAGGGUGCCGUGCUGUUCCUCUCGACUGGGAAAAGCACAGAUCUCAGAAGAGGACAGACAUGUCCGUAUUCCUGACCCCUCUCCCUGUUGAGAAAUGUCAACCCUCAGCAACACAGCUGCCGCCGACUGUCAGAUUUCCUGAUUCUGCAGCUCCUGCUACUGAGGCUUUAAAGAGAGAAAGCACUGAGGAGCCCCAGAUGGACAUAGAUCUGCCCUGCACACCUCCACUGCCUAUGACCGCCUCACCAAGAAGUGCACGCACGGGGCCUAUCAAGACUGGUGGCCGGGUCUUUGUGUUGGACCACAAUCGGUGGCCUGGCCCAAUGAGGGUGGCUAUUGAUGGUCUGCUUGCCAGGCAUCAUGGACAGAAGGACAUGCUGAAACUGGUGGACUUUGACUAUGCUUCCAUGGUGCAAAGUUCAUGUGCAGACCCCAACAGCCUGCUUCACCCAACCACCAAACACCACAUUGGAAGGUAUAUUAAACACCUGGCCAAAUUAAAAAACACCAGUUCCUCCCUUAACACCAGUCCUGAAAAGCUCUUGGAGACCCAACAACUGUGGCAGCACUUAACCAUGGGAAGUGACACAACCUGUGUCCCUGUAACAGCACUCCCACCUGCAGUUGUGAACCCACCCGCACUGCCCACACAAAAUGCUCCUCUUACUGAAGCUGCCAUAGAGAAAAUUGUUUUGGGACUGAUGGAAAAGCAGCAACAGUCAGAGCAACAACAGCAGCAAAAGAAAAAAAUGACAAAAACCUGCCUUUCAUGUGGCCAACCCAAGUCCCGUUACAUGAAUGAUGGCUCCUCAAUUCAUUAUUUUUAUCAGAGUGGGCAUGUUAGGUACUUCUACUGCUCCACAAAAGUAUUUAAAACAUAUGGAGCAGAGGGCCUCACAAACCCCAAAAUGUCUUUUGAGGAUUUCAUGUCAACACCCUUCUUUCAACAAGAACUUGAAUCCAUAAAACAGAAAGUGGAACAACAGAAGGACAAACAAAAGAGGAAGUCAGCAGAUGUGGUACCCUCUGGCCGUUUGUGCAGGUUCUGCCAUUUGGAACUAAAACAGGGCCCUAAUAGUCCUCACAUUCACACAGGGUUCCCCGGAGUGGCAGGGAAAUAUAUUUAUUGUCCUGCCAAGGUGUUCUCCCUCUACCAGGCCAAGGGUAUGGAGAAAGAAAUGACCUGGAAGGAGUUCCAGGCAUCUGCUUUUUAUCAGGAUGAAAAGAAAAGAUGGAUGGAUGAAAAGAGGAAAUGUUGAUUUACACACACACACGCAUCCACACACACACACA